CUGAGACGUGGCGGGGAUGGGGGUAACUAGGGCGCAGCGGGGAGGAAUCUUAGUGCCCACCCAUCUCCAUGAUCAGGCCUUAAGAUGAACAACCCUGGCGAUGCGCAGGGCAUUGUGGGCGGGGCGGGGCUGUGUGCACUUCCGCCUCAGCUCCGGCAUGGCGCUGCGCAUGCUGCUGCUGCUGCUGCUGCUUCUCCGGUGUGCCACCCUGGGUUCGGCUGAAAACUCCAGCUGGCCGGCCGUGCCUCAUAACCACACAAGCGGGGGGCUCCCGGACACGGGCUCCGCGUUGCUCCGCUCAUUCUUCGUAAUCACUGGGCUCUGCGGCCUGAUCUCACUUUACUUCCUCAUCCGGGCUUUUAGACUCAAGAAGCCACAGCGAAGGAGGUAUGGGCUCCUGACCAACACAGAGGAGAAUGAAGAGAUGGCCUCUCAGGACAGCGAGGAAGAGACUGUCUUUGAAACCAGGAAUCUGAGAUGAUGUUGAGAUGGAGACGACAGGCUGCAAGGACAAGAGAGGACAUGUAGUUCUGUGAGCUGUGAUGUCAACUUUCCUGGAGGGAGUCUGCACAGGCCCUAGGAGGCUGCAUGGGCCAGGACAGCAUAGAGACCUCAUUGAGACUAGCCCACAGAGUUGAGGCCCCCAAGGCCAGGCCUCCCGUAAGGGACAAGACCACCCUGUGACAAGCUGGGAUGGAGCAGAUGGACCUUGGGGUCUCUGUGUGCACCUUCGUGCUGCUUUGGGGGCAAUAAAUGAAGCAGCGGCUUGGUAGCUUA